AUGUUGGAAUCUUUGUAUAUGCAAUCGGAAUUGAAAAUUCCCCUAGAAGACUUUGAGAACUGGGAAUACUAUCACGUGGCCAAAUUGUUUAAAUAUGAUUUCAACAUUUCCAGGGUCAUUAAGCUCAAUGAAAUUUCAGGAUCUGAGCUACUGGGUUAUACGAAAAAGGAUAUUUGUGAUAAAUUUGAAUUAAAUGACGCAUCCCUGGCAACAUUCCUCAACAUACACACACUGUUAUGCAACAAAAUCUAUCAACCCGAUCACGCUAAUGCCUCAAUUAAUAUAGAAGGCACUAAAAAAGUUGGUAGUAAUGAAUUGGGGGAAAAUAUAUCGAGGGUUGAAUCAAUUUCUACAGUGGAUUCGCUCAACAAUGAUUACGAGCAUUUUGCACAUGAUAACAGCACAGCUCAUAUAGAUAUUCUUAAUCCUGGAAAUAAAGGCAAGAGUAUAUUUGAAGAAUCUAAUCUAGUUGAAAGUUUAUUUUCCCAACAUGAUUCAUAUGACUCCAAAAAAUCGACUAAUGUUCUAUCUAAAUUAGCUAAAAAUGUUACUAUAAUAUCGAAAACAUCUAAUGAUAAGGAUUCGACGAGAAUAUCCCAAAGCUGUAAUAGUAUAGUGGAUAAGAGGCAUGUACAACGUAUAGACAAUGUUGCAAUUGUAAAAGGAACAAUUUCCAAUAACUUUAAAACGGAUUGCCCUGUUUCAUUUGAUAAUAAUAAAAACGCAGUACAAAUAAGUUCAGAUGUUGCGCAUUCUAGUAAUAGUAUAGUGGAACAAAAAACAAAUAAUUCUAAGCCUAAUAUGAAGGAUUCGAUGCUCAAAAUUGAUAAAAUAGAAUCAAAACCGAGGCGAACCAGUACCAGAGUUGUAUGCAAUAAUAAUAAUAUGCAACAAAUAUCAGCUACACAACUUGAUUUUAAAAAAUUAAGUGCCAAGAGUGACAAAAAAACGGUGCCAAGUGCUAAAAACGCAAGAAAACAAAAAGAAACAGGAUUAGUUAAAUACGCCUUUAAACACAAAAAAUUAUCCAACAUUAAGAAAUCCAAAUCAAAUAGAUCUUUGCAUAACAACGUCGAUAUACCUUGUUUGUCGUAUACAGGACCUAGGGAGGGUAAUAUAAUACAUGAUAUUCAAUUUGCGUCUGUUUCUUACAAAAAGGGAUCGAAAUACUUUGAUUUCAUUCCAUGGCCAACAAACAAAUGCAAUAUAACUCACCUCAUUGUCUCAAAACUUCAAACAAAACCAACACUUAAGAUUCUAUACGCAUUAGCAAACAAAUCCUACAUACUUACUCCAAAUUAUGUAUACUAUGCCAUACAGAAUGGGAAUUGGCCAGCAGAGGAAGAUUGUGAACAUCCCGAAUGGCCAAAAUUGAAGGAAAGAAACAAUGUCAAACUUCCCUUUAAGGGAUCAAAAUUUUACUUAGUAAGCAAUUUGAAGAAGAUAAGUAUAUCGGAUGCAGCGACGAUAAUUCAAAAGCUUGGCGGUAAACUAGUUAAGACAUUAGAAGAAUCAACUUACAUUCUAUCGGAGAGUAAAACCCACUACGAGGAAUACGUUACACCUUCUAGGAAAGUUGUUUACGAGCAUGAUUUUAUCAACACUAUUUCCCUAUGGAAUUGUAUGCAAUUUGGCAAAUUGAUGGAGUUAAAGGACUCCACUAGUGACGAUGAUAAUGAUGUAAAGUUAGUGGAUGAGAGGUUCCAAAAAAGAGAUUUGAAUGAAUUUGCCAUUAGUGAUAAAACCGCAAAAGAUGAUGAGUCUAGUAAUAAACUUGGUGGAAAUGAGGGCAAAAAAUUUAAGAGGUUGAAGAAAGUUAAACUGAAAAAGGCUGGGGAUAACAGUGUAUUUUCAGAUAGUAACAGGGUAUUCUAUGACACUCCAUUUUAUAGUGACGAGGAGCUGGGAUAUUUUGGUGUUGAUGAAGUUUUCUAA